UUUAUCACUUUCACGAGGUUGGAGUAAUAUAAUGUUUAACUACGUAAUACAUUGGCUCGAAUUUAGGUUGUGCCUUUUAUAUUUUUAGAAGAUUAACAACUAAGGAAGGUUUUUUUUUCACUUCUCUUAUUGACUUCUCGAACCCCGGCCUGGGCUGUUUGGUCUGUUUCGCAAGCGUUCCCAAAGUCUCGCGAUGUUGCGCCUCUUGAGUUUAGAAACUAUGGUAACGCCAUUUUCGCCCAGCAGUUCAGUAGCCAACAAAUGUGUUUCUAGAGAUAUAAGACCUAGUUAAAUGAAACGUCUAUUUAACAUGGAAGAUCAUGUAAUAAUUUUUUGGUUCAGAUAUCACUUCCCGUACAUGUAGCUAGCUAGUCACCGAUUAUGCUGCGAUAAGCAAUAAAGCCGUGACAGCUACCUCUGGUCAGUCAGGAAGAACAGCGCAAGAGACAAGACGGUGAGCUUCGUUUCUGUUCUCGCAAAGUCGAUCUACCAAAAAAAUUAACUUGUUCUUUCAGAAUAUAUACAAACUUUCAGUGUUUUCAAUCGGAAACUGCAUUGAAGUCGGACUAACUCGUCACUGUACUGUGUUGGGCAACGGAUGUCCAACAGAACGGAUGCGUGAGAACAUGUCUGCCAUGGUGUGUGUGAAGGAGGAGGAGGAGGACCCUGGGGAGAAGCUGUCCCAGGAUGAGAUCAUCUCCAGGACCAAGCAGGUGAUCCAGGGCCUGGAGGCUCUAAAGCAGGAACACAACUCCAUCCUGGAGGGCCUUCUGGACACGCUGCACUGCUUGAAGCAGGAUGACCAGGGAGUCCUGGUGGAGGAGAAGUCCCUCAUGAUCCGCAAGUCCCUGGAGAUGCUGGAGCUGGGCCUGAGCGAGGCACAGGUGAUGAUGGCGCUGUCGGGCCACCUGAGCUCGGUGGAGUCAGAGAAGCAAAAGCUGCGGGCACAGGUGCGCCGGCUGUGCCAGGAGAACCAGUGGCUGAGGGACGAGCUGGCAGGCACCCAGCAGAAGCUGCAGAAGAGCGAGCAGAGUGUGGCUCAGCUGGAGGAGGAGAAGAAACACCUGGAGUUCAUGAACCAGCUGAAGAAGUACGAUAAGGACCUGCUGCCAUCGGAGGAGAAGGACUCUGACUCCAGUAAAGAGAAUCUGGAUGAUCUGUUCCCAGACGACCAGGAUGACCAACCUCCAGGCAUCCAGCAGCCCCACGGUAGUGCAGCAGCAGCCGCCGCCCAGCAGGGAGGCUAUGAGAUCCCGGCUCGCCUCAGGACCCUUCACAACCUGGUGAUCCAGUACGCCUCCCAGGGCCGUUACGAGGUGGCCGUGCCCCUCUGCAAACAGGCCCUGGAGGACCUGGAAAAAACAUCCGGACACGACCACCCUGACGUGGCCACCAUGCUCAACAUCCUGGCCCUGGUCUACAGGGACCAGAACAAAUAUAAAGAGGCAGCCAACCUGCUGAAUGACGCUCUGGCGAUCAGGGAGAAAACUCUGGGCAGGGACCAUCCAGCGGUGGCUGCUACACUCAACAACUUGGCCGUGCUCUACGGGAAACGGGGGAAGUACAAAGAGGCGGAGCCACUUUGCAAGCGGGCUCUGGAGAUCCGGGAGAAGGUUCUGGGUAAGGACCACCCAGAUGUGGCCAAGCAGCUGAACAACCUGGCCCUGCUGUGUCAGAACCAGGGCAAGUACGAGGAGGUGGAGUACUACUACCAGCGGGCCCUGGAGAUCUACCAGACCAAACUGGGCCCUGAUGACCCCAACGUGGCCAAGACCAAGAACAACCUGGCGUCCUGUUACCUGAAGCAGGGGAAGUUCAAGCAGGCUGAAACUCUGUACAAAGAGAUCCUUACCCGUGCACAUGAGAGGGAGUUUGGCUCUGUAGACGAUGAGAACAAACCCAUUUGGAUGCAUGCGGAGGAGAGAGAGGAACAGAGCAAGGGAAAGCAGCUGGACGGCUCCCCGUUCGGAGAGUAUGGAGGCUGGUACAAAGCCUGUAAAGUAGACAGCCCCACAGUGACCACCACCCUGAAGAACCUGGGCGCCCUCUACAAGCGGCAGGGUAAAUUUGAGGCGGCAGAGACCCUAGAAGAGGCCGCUAUGCGUUCCAGAAAACAGGGUCUGGACACGGUGCACAAACAGCGUGUGGCGGAUGUUCUGAGUGAGCCAGAGGCGCGGGAGAAGCAGUGGAGCCGUGAGAGCCUGACCUCCGACGCCACGGUCAAGUAUGAGAGUGGCCCGGACGGGGGCGAGGAAGUGAGUAUGAGCGUGGAGUGGAACGGGGACGGUUCCGGCUCUCUGAAGCGGAGCGGCUCCUUCAGUAAACUCCGUGCCUCUAUUCGCCGCAGCAGUGAGAAACUGGUCCGCAAGCUGAAGGGCAGCAGCACACGGGAGUGGGACCCCAAAAACUCUGGCAUGAAGCGAGCCAGCUCACUGGGUGUUCUAAACGUGGUGGACAAGGCUACCGGAGACCUCUACCAAGAGCGAAAUAAUCAUCUGAGAAAGAGUCGUGACCUGAGUGCCAGCCACACUGACCUGGCGCAUUGAAGGUCGGAACUCAGAAUGUUCCAGUGGAGAAGUGACAGAGGUCAUGGGGUCAGUCUCCUAAACAACCCCCUCCAUGUUGUAGGUAUACAGCUGGCUGCAGUACGUAGGUUUCACAAUCUCAUUGCACUUUGAUCUCAUCACUGGUUUGCUUAGGUGUUUUCAUUUAAAUGUUUUCUCUUUUUUUCUAUCAAUAUAUGUCGAACAACAUGAGAUUAGUUAUAAUGAACGACAAAUGUAUAACGCUAAGUCAAGUGUAAAUGCGUGUGUGUGGAUGUAAGUAUGCACCUAUAUUUUAUAGUUAAGUGCUCAAAUGAGAGAAUGUUCAUUUUUGUAUUUUCUGUGUGUGUGGUUGCUUUGUCCUACCUUACCUCCACAGAUCUAAAUCAUUUGGUUAUCACUUGAAUGGAAUAUGUGAGCAGUUCAGGAGGUCCCAAUAGGGUACUUAACUCUGCUGUCUUACCCCCUUUCAUCCAAAUUCAUGUCCUGUGUGUUCUUAUUGAAGUGCUAGAUGUGCUUGUUGUAUUAAGUUUUAUGUUUUACAUUUGGGUUGUGUAAAUUAUGGUUUAUUUUAUUUCCUAUGCUGAUCUGGGGAAUCUUAUUUCUUUGUAUCAGAGGUCUUGAAAUGGAUAGCUCUGCUUCUAGUUUCAUGAUGUUACUGCAAUUUCAAGAGACUGCUCUAAAUGUAUGUGAAGUUAUGAGUCAGGAUCGUUCUGUUGGCACAUUAAGUAUAUCUGGUGGAUUUCUCAGGAUUGUCACAGAACAGAAGAUGGCUAGCGAAGCUAGUUUUGAUAUACACUGACUGCACUAGAUAUUUAACACAAGAACUUGUUACAAUCAAAUGCAUUUUCCAGUAAUAGCACAAAAAUAUUGUUACAAUCUGGAGUAAAGACAUUGUUUACUAAUUUGUACCAAUCUGUUUCUGUAUGUUGAAUCAAGAGUAAGACUAUGUAUAAAGAGUGAAAUUAAGCUGAAGUACUUGGACUUAAAUAUCCAACCAAAAAAUUCAACAAAUGUUUUUAUUGAUCCAUUAUAGGACUUGCUGUCACUCCCACAUUUACAUUGUUUUACUUUGUUCUCAAAACUUUCAAGUUAACGUUUGCUCGUUUCCGAAGCGUGCCUUUUUUAGGUCCACAGUCACGAUCCUACUGACAUGGGUUUGGAUUGCUUGUUGGGUGGACUGUUAAUGUGGUCUGUUGAUGGGGAUGUGUGAUAGCAUUCUCUUAUGUAAGGAAGGUGACUGUUACAUUUGACUUCAGACAUCAUAGACCCAGGAACUUCCCCAGUCCCUCACCAGGAUGACUUAAAGAGGGGUGAAACAUGACUAAUUAGGGUUAAAUUGACCAGACCGGUUACACUAUCCAAGGAACAGGACCUAUUUUUAUGAUAAACAAGCAAGUUGUCAUGAGCAGAGGGAACCAUGGAGUAGUGAGUAAUUUGCAAGUAAUCCUAUGAGCAGUGGUACAAUGGCUGCGUUUACACAGGCAGCCCAAUUCUGACCUUUUUUCCACAAAUUGGUAGUUUGGCCAAUCACAUCAGAUCUUUUUCAGGGCUGAUCCGAUUGGUCAAAAGACCAGUAAAUAAAACAAAUAUCAGAAUUAGGCUGGCAGUGUGAACGCAGCUUCUGAGUCACUUGAGGUGGUGCACAGAAUCAUGGAGAAGGACAACACGCCCUGAACUAGUGAAACACUGCUGGGAAAUGUUAAUGAUGACAUCACCCUAUUAUUUGUGACACGGUCAAUGCACCAGACUUUCCAAGUUCACUUUUUUUUGUUUGGGGUUGGGCUUGAGUAUGUUUGGCGAUGUCCUGGGCUAGACUGUCAAUAGGAACACAAUUGGUAACUAUCCAAACUUCCAGACCCUUUCGCUUAGGAUGACUGCUGUGCUGGCUGGAUCCCUUUAGCCUGAACUGUGGUGAAGUGUUUGUCCUGAGAAAAUAUAUUAUAUGGUAUAAAUUGUUUGAAUAAAACUAUACAAAUGUU